AACAGGGAGAGAGAAGGAAGGGAAAAAGAAAAGGGCGCAACAGCCAAUCCUUCCCCCUUGUCUAAACCGGCUCCGCCCAGUCCCUGCUCGGCUUUCUUUCUCUCUCCCUCCCCCUCUAGCGCCCACACCACACACUGUCCCAGGCCAGGAACAUGUCAGCCGGACACCAGCACAGCCAGAGCCGGGCUAUCCCCACUAGGACCAUCCCCAUUAGCGACUCCUCUCAGCUACCUCAUGACUAUUGCACCACCCCCGGGGGCACCCUCUUCUCCACCACCCCUGGAGGUACGCGCAUCAUUUAUGAUCGCAAGUUUCUUUUGGACCGUCGCACCUCCCCUCUGGCUCAGACACCUCCUCGCCGCCUGCCAGAUAUUCCAGGAGUCACCAGCCCUAACACUGUUGUAGAGGAACCCAAAGUAGAAACAAACAACUUGAACAAUCAUGAAACAAAGACGGCAACAGGUGAUGAUUCUCAGUUUGAAAUGGACAUCUGAUCUCCUGGAUGUUUGGCAACAGCUCCCGAAACUUGCCUCUACCUAACUUGGCCAAUAGGAUCAUUUAUUGAAGAAAGGAAAAAAAAAAAAAAAAAGUCUGAUGCACAGAAAUUAAACCUGCCCUCCCAGGUGCCAACGGUCAACACAAAUAAGCAUUUCUGUCUCUGAAGACUGUAAUAACCCACCGCAAAUAGCAGUGUAUCUGUGGUGGUGGAGAGACUUGUAACUGAAAUUUCAGUGGCUUAAUUUUGGCAAUGGGAAAGCGAUACAGUUUGCCAAUGUGUACUGUAGCUGUAUGGAAAUAUAUGUAAAUGUUUGGUGGCAGGAAUUACAAUUGUACACAUGCUUUCUAUACACUUUUUUUUUUUCUUCCAUCACCCACCUAAAUAUUUUUGUGUUAUUCCUACUAAAUGAUUACAGCAUG